AGGGCGGCUAUAAAACUCAGCAUUGCUUUUAUACUCCUAUGCUCGGUGAUCCUUUAAAAACUCUAGAACAAGCCCGGAGUACUUUUUUUUUUCCCCAGCCAAGCAUCCAAUUGCCAAUCACAUACAUGUUACGGUCUUCGUUUCAACGAAACUAUUGAAAAAAAAGAGAAAAAAACAAAAAACCCGAAGCCAUGCAGUGUUAAAUGUUCGCGACUCAAACGCGUCGACACUCGCGUACAAAGAGAGAGGAACUGGAGACGCGCGCGCUCCUGCGUCUGUGCGCGAGAGGCGAAAACGCGUCAAUUUAAAAAAUAAACCGGCGCUCGCGAAGCCUUUUCUUUGCUUUUGAAGAAUUAAAUAAAGAAAUCAAGCUGGCUCACGCUGUCUCGAACCCGACCACUUUGACAGCUGCUCUUCACCCCCUUUGGAGGACUGUCAACAGCAAAAGGAUGGCAUCAGAACUGGCAAUGAGCAGCUCCGACCUGCCCACCAGUCCCCUGGCCAUGGAAUAUGUUAAUGACUUCGAUCUGAUGAAGUUUGAAGUGAAAAAGGAGCCGGUGGAGCCCGAUCGCAGCAUCAGCCAGUGCAGCCGCCUGAUCGCCGGGGGAUCCCUGUCUUCCACCCCGAUGAGCACGCCUUGCAGCUCGGUUCCCCCUUCCCCAAGCUUCUCGGCGCCCAGUCCGGGCUCCGGGAGCGAGCAGAAGGCGCACCUGGAGGAUUUUUACUGGAUGACCGGUUACCAACAGCAGCUCAACCCGGAGGCUUUGGGCUUCAGCCCCGAGGACGCAGUGGAGGCGCUGAUCAACAGCAGUCACCAGCUCCAGAGCUUCGACGGCUAUGCUAGAGGGCAGCAGUUUACCAGCGCAGCCGGGCCGGGAGGCGCCAUGGCCGGCGAGGAGAUGGGAUCCGCCGCCGCGGUGGUCUCCGCGGUCAUCGCCGCCGCAGCAGCCCAGAACGGGGCACCGCACCACCACCACCAUCACCACCACCACCCGGCCGGCCACCAUCCGACGCCCGGGGUGCAGUCCAACGGCAACUCCGUCGGCCACCAGCACAUGCACCUGGACGAUCGCUUCUCGGACGAGCAGCUGGUGACCAUGUCCGUGCGCGAGCUCAACCGCCAGCUCCGGGGGGUCAGCAAAGAGGAGGUCAUCCGACUCAAACAGAAGAGGAGAACCCUCAAAAACAGAGGCUAUGCGCAGUCGUGUCGCUACAAGAGGGUCCAGCAGAGGCACGUCCUGGAGGGCGAGAAGACCCAGCUCAUGCAGCAGGUGGACCACCUCAAGCAGGAGAUCUCCAGACUGGUGCGCGAGAGAGACGCGUACAAAGAAAAAUACGAGAAGCUCAUCAGCAGCGGCUUCCGAGAAAACGGAUCCAGCAGCGACAACAACCCGUCGUCCCCGGAGUUUUUCAUGACAUCACGAAAGUUUCUACACCUGUGAUAUGACCUCUGACCCCUGCCCUUUGCCCCUGCAGUCUGAGACAGUGUAACACUGGAAUGCUUCUGGCUUAGGGUGACCCACGGCUCCAAGACUGCCACAAAGCACAACCUCUCCAAAAUCAACCCCUGAUGAAGACAACGAUUAGGAGGAGGAAGAUGAUGGAGGAUUGAGAGAAAUCAGAAACCCUUUAUCAACCUGAGUGCCAUUCCUCAGCCUUACCCAAAAUCCCCUUCUACUGACUCUACCCUGAUUUUACAAGUCAGACGUCUCGCCAAUAACGAAAAACAAAUUAGGAAAGCCUUGAAACAUCCCUGCAUGUUUGAUGAUGCAAUCUGGACAAUAAAAGGAAUUUGAAAAGGAACUUCCACCAGAUAUUUUCAGACCACAUGGACUCUUUCUGUGUCUCUGCCACUGACGGCCCUCCGGUUCUCGUACCAGAUGCUGUUUUAUUGUUCUUCACAUUCGCCCAGCGUUUUAUAAAAGGUGUUGGGGAGGCUCUAGCCAGAAGGGGUUAAGAAAGACAACAGCAUUCAGAUUCUUUCAGAACAGCAGCUUGUGUAUAUUGUGUACAGGAUAUCAAUACAGGCUUAUUCUUAGCAAUGUGAAGACACCAUGUUUGUAAAUAGUUCGCAAAUUGUACAUUUCCUGCAUUAUGUCUUUGUAGGUUAAGCAUUUACAACAUUUAUUCAACAUUUUUAUCUGUACAGACGCAAAGGUUGACAUUGAUCUCCAAACAGAUGAGUAUUUGUAUGCCGUAAACAUCCAUUUAAACCAUAUAGACCCCUCUAAAGACAAUUCAAAUGUUAUUGCUUGUUAAGGAGACAUUUAUAGAGUGAUCUAGACCUAGUUAAAGCCUAAUGCAGGAUUGAGUGACUACGCCUUUGAGAACGAGAGAAACACAAUUGAAUUGAAUCUCUCGCUGUCUCUCUGCAUCUCUUUAUCUGCUGUAGAAGUCCCAGCCCGUGUGGUUCUAGGUUCUGAUUCUCAGAUAACUUCCAAGCUUGAUUGCCAAUGUCCUUGUACAGUUUAGAAUUGCAUCUUCUCAUCGUUUUUGCCCCUUCAAACAAUGAUUAUCCCCUUUGCCUGAAUCCUCUACAUAGCCGUGACGUUCACGUAGGCGACCCUGUGGGGAUCACAGGGUCAGGGCACCCGACGGGGGGGUGGAUCUCUCCUGGAUGAGCCUCUCGCUGAGUUCCCACAGGCUUAGGGCAGCUGUGUUGUCCUGGGCCUGCGGAGAGGGCAAGCAGCGGAAGCAGUUGUUGAAGUACAUCCCUCCGAUACCCUCCAGCUCUGGAGCCACGGCGCAGUAGACUGUAGUGGCCGCUCCCUGUUGCUGUGGAAACAAAUACGAAAAUAUCAGAAUAAACUGAAGCAAUGUGAGCAAAAUGUUUGUUCCUGCACGGAGAAAGUGACAGCCAGAAAAACUCUUCAAAGGGACGGGGCAAUACCAAAGACACCUCUAACCAUCUGAGACUUGCUUUUUUCCCCCCUAAAACUGAUCAUGAGAAAGGGGGAGUGCUUCAAAGCCUGUCAAAAGACACCAUGGGACAGACUGUGAGCUUGUUCAAAUGGAGUUCCUGUUGUACUUGUACAUUGGACACAUGGCUGUCAACAAUCUGCAUGCUGUCAUAUAGGUACCUGCCAAAUACUAGUCUAGAAACCACCGAGAUGAGCUGGUUUAUGGUGGAAGUGUUCAAUUCUGGCAAGUUCUAUAAAAGCUUUUAAGGUGGACUCAAACCUCACGCUGUCUGAAUGCUCUAUCCUCUCUAAGGUUUGCAGGAAAACAACCGACAACAAUAGUAAUGACAUGCACUUGCCGGUAUCUCCUCCAUAAGUAGGAAAAACAGGAUAUAAUAUCUCAAACUUGAACUGAGAAGCACUCAAUUGGCAGGUUUAUUGUAUAUCUCUUGUACACCUGCCAAGAAUCACAGACAAUGAUCAACACACACAAAUAGUAUAGUUGUAGAUACUGUACAUAGCAGAAAGGAAGUGCUUUGGGGAAGUCUUGUAAAGACGACUGUGGGGCAGCCUGCCAAAACUGUCCAUUCAUCUCAUGUCAAAGGGAUUUCUGGAUGUCACUGAGUCAAUGGGGACUUUCUGUCACUGCUGGAGAAGGCAUCUGUAUGUACACAGACUCAUAUACACACACAAAAACACAAAUUUAAAUCCUAAAAAAGGGAUCAGGCACAAAGAUAUCAAAUGGAAAGACACUCAAGACAGGUUGGAGACACAUGCCCCAAAUCCCAGUAUCUUCUGUAGCACAUACAUAAAUGUUCAGGCCCCUUGGAAAGCUCUAUAGGGCCGUUCAACACUGACAGCGAUUUGCAGCAAACAAAGCAAUUAAGUAAUUCGUUUUCAACGAGAGAUGUCAAUGUGAAGUGACAAAAGUGAAUCAGACCAUUUGGCGAGUUCAAAUUUGGUGACAACCAAUGGGAAUGCAGAUACGCAAUCCAUCUAAUACAGUUGAAGUAGAAGAAACUGCUAUUAGCAUUUUGGUCAACUCCAGUGACCAUCGUUUUCAGUGUGAAUCCCUCUCCUUGCUAAAGAAAUCAAGCAAUUACUAGCACUUUUCAAAGAUAAAGAGGUGUGUAAAGGUGAAGUGUGUUAUUCCGGCACCAAACUAGCAGAAAACAGUCCUCCCAUCUUCUGUUGUUCGAAAAACUUACAGUCCCCAAUGUCACACCAUUGGCUGAGUCAGAAGUGGACUCAAACAAACAGUUUGCACAUUAAACUGGAAAAAAAAAAUGACACACUUUAGCUUUAACAUCUGCCAUAUAACUAGUUUAAGAUUAUAGCGGUAUCGUAGUCUUCAGCCAGGGUUCAAAGACCAGUCUAGCUCAUCCCCUCAUGUUAUAAAAAAUUCACAUGAAACAUCAAAAUCACCGAUUUGUGUCUGGAACACAACAUGUACGCCCCCCAGUCAAGCCUCUUUUAGGGUUUAUAUUGUUUGUGCCCUCGGGUUUGAUUGUUUACACAAAAACAAAUGACUCUUCACGUCUUACAGAUGCUCUGCACUUUUCCGCAUGGCUGAUCAGAGUCUAAUUGUUGGGGACGGUUGGCUAUCCUGGGUGUUUUAACUGUCUUGGGGAAAGAGGGCUGAAGAUUCAGAGGAAAAGAAAAACAUGUCAGACAGAAUUAGAGCCGACGUGCAGUUCAAAUGUUUCCAGACUCGUUUUUUAUGUCCCUCCUCUCACAGAGGAAACCGUCCUGCGCUACUUCACACAUGACUCCUGCAGGAAGUUAACUUCUGUGAGAUGCACAUGAAAUGGAUGGCCGCUUUAUCUUCAAAUAGUGCAGGAGCGCCUCAGAUCUGAAAAAAACGCAGGCCAACGUUUAGGAGAUCGCCUGGCAGACGUUUACAGGGACGUGCACCGAUGGCCAACUCUUUAAAGACGCGAAUACACGCGCGUGCAACAGUACAAAGACAUUGGCUCAUUUAAGGAGCCAAAUCAACAGCUGUAGCUCAAGCUGGCAAAGACUGUGACAGAACGCUUGUUAGAAACACACACACACACAAACUUGCAGGAAGAAAGCCAAGGCUGUAGUCAGAUAUUCAGUGCGCUCAUCCCCAUUUAACUCUAGUUUGUGUGUUUUUCUGUAUCUGUGUGUGUCGGACCGAGCGUCUUUUGAAGUACACAGAUGCUGCAUGUUGCUUUGGUUAGUGCAGCAAUAAACAUGACAUCAAAAGGAUGGAUCUUUCUGGAGUCUUACCUGCUUGUGCAGUGAUAAGUUAAUACAUAUUUGAAGCUGGGAAUAUGAAAGGAUGGGGAAUGUCACUCAACCCCUCUAGCGAACCCAACGCAGUGAGUCAAUUUGCAAAGAUGCACUUUAUGGAUUCACAGCUCUUGUAAUUACAUUUAAUGUAGUUAUAUGCACAAAAAAAAAAAAGUGUUUGCACUCGUUCAAAGCUGUAGUAAAUGAUUUCCCUGGUUUAAGAUGAGGUUCUAUUAGGAAAAUCAGCUAGAUGUUGAGAAAAUUGCCCAAAAUGCCUCCUAGCUUUCGAUUAGCUCAUUAGGAAUAACAAAUGCGCCCUGAAAUCCAAACCCAGUAUAUAGGUCGAGAAACCACAGAAAUGGUUUGCAAGUAUUGAUUUUCAUGAUGCCCCAAUAUUUUAAAACUUCAUGGUCAUGUAUAUGUUUUAAGCAUAGGCUAAGCUGCAACAAACAUUUUUAUUUGAACUGGUCUUGCAUCUUGGCCAGGCUGGUUUAUCUGGUUGGCCAAAACCACUGACCACUGAAAACCAGCUUGGUAUCUAACAAAAAAAGCUCUAGUUUCUUUUCAACAGCGUCUUAGAAAACCGCGCCGUGUUCUUCAUGUGUCCUUGUUGUCACAUCACCUUGAUUAGAAUACAGUGCCCAACAGCUCAAAGUUAACGCUAAUACACUCCUCACAAGCGCACAUGCUCUAUUGCAUCACGCUACUUGGCUCUGCUAAUGCCUUCUGUAAUGACACACUGUGAAGACUAGCGUGACUGAGAUUACCAGCGCUAAUGGAUGUGGAGUGCGAUUUCAGCGUUGGCUAGCGCUGCUGUCCCUUAGCCAAACAAUGGGCUGAAAUGAAUACGAACCCACAUCCAAAUGCGCUUUAGCCCAUUUCCAAAGCCUGCCUAGUCUUCCUAGUGGAUCUGAGAUGCAGGGAGAACACAUGGUUAAAUCCCAGCAGCCCCACAUAAGAGCUGCGCCAACUGAAUAGGGCUAAAACAGAGCUAGCGGUUAGCUUAGGCGACUUUAUUACAGUAAUCGCCAUCUGAAUUACAGCUUAACUCAGAUAUGCUCAGCAUACAGUCGGCUUGAUUGUUCAAUUGGGGUUUAGUACAUGUGCUUUAUUAGAACUUUGAACAUUGAAUACAUUCCCAUCAAGCUUUCUCAGAUGCAUCUUCACUAAAUAUAGAUCUGCGAUUGAUCCAUUGAGGCUGUAGACUGGAACACCAUUUCCUUUAUCCGUUAGCAGUGGGACAAUGAUAGGGUUUCUAACUAUGAGCCUCCUGCUUUGGUGUAUUUAGCUGUGGGAGAUGUUGAGAUUGGAUUGUCAGACUGAAUAAGAGAACAUGGAUCUUAUUGCCGUUAUGCUGAACCUCCUGGCGCUUGACCCUGACGGCCCUUUUGGACCGAUAAGCUUUUUGAUAAAAUGCAUUAACAUGCUGGACCAGGUACUGCUCGCAUUUAUCAAGAGCUCAGCCCAGAAAACUGAGAUAGCAAUAGAGCGACUGAUCAGUUAAAGCAGUGGUUCUCGACUGGUUUUGCUUCAGGACCAAAGACUUAUAAAUGGACAUCAAGUGACAUCCCAAUAUAGUACUACAAUGGUUUGUAGAACAAAAAUCAUGAAGAUCAAGUAUGUUGGUAUCUGCCUAGAUUUUCUAGCUUUUACUAAGCGACUCACGAAUUUAUUGGACACGUGGCAUUUGACGCCAACAGUGAAAGACAAGCAGCUGAUAAGUAUUUAUUUUUCAAUGCUAACCAUGCACAAUUAUAUGGUUAGCAUUGUUCUUCAUCGCUGUUCGCAAUUUGGGUUGUGAUCCACCAGUUUAGAACAACUGAGUUAAAUACUGAAGUUUUCAAUACUUAACCAUAUUCUGCAUCAUAAACACCAAAACGGUUUGAUCAUUAUUGCAGCAAUACUAACAACCAAACCAAAGCAAAAAAAACAAAGCAACACAUGCGUCCUCAUUCAAAUAUAACAAAGAAACAAAGGCCGAAAAUGGACAUAAGAUUCUUCCAUUCUCUCCGAAGUCCUGCAAUAAGAAAUAACUAAAUAAAUAAUGUCUUCCUGUAUCAAAGGCAAUGUUCAAUAUGAAACCUCAUGCACAGAGAUCCAAAUAAGUAGUUUUGUUUAGCAAUAAAUAAUUGAGAUGAUAACACCAUGUCCUAACCAGGCGUGAUCCGAUAAAGCACUAUUCGUUGCUUGGUCUCUACUUCUGCGGUUUUGCGAUUGGGUAGCCCCGCCCAUCGUGAAAUACUAUUGGUUCGAAAUCCUGCUCUGCGUAAUUGUAUAUUUAACAUCAAAAAUGUUCAUAGUGUUUGGUUAGAGUGUAGUGUAAGAGUGCUUCUUUUGAUUAAGCGUUACACAGGUGUUUAAUAUUUCCUGAAAGGAAAUGACCUAUUCCUUUUAUUUGUUAAACCCAGAAAUGACGCCCUCAUCAUGCACCCCUGGUGAAAUCUGACUGUAUUUAGUGUACAAAUUGUGAUUCGAUUCCUCUUUUACCAUCAGUAUUAAAGUCCUGUGCUGGCUGAGAGUUUAUAUUUGGCAGACAUAGUUUUUCGCUGUUAACUAGUACCCCAGUAUCCCUGUAGCGCGACAGCGUGAACGGGCGUGAUCCUUUUUCCAUGUAGUUUCUCCAACACUGUGCUCAAUAUAGAGUUUCUGUCAUAUAGAGCAUCACGUUCUAAUCAGCAGAGAGAAUCACUUGAAACGGCAAGUGAUGACCUUACUGGGUAAGAGUAAUAUCCUUCUGUUUCUAGAAAGGUUGUGUUGAAUUUUCCGCCAUUGCUGCAUGUAAUAAGUAAAAGAAAAUGCUGUAAAUUUUCCCGUGAUUGGUCUCAUGUCGUCGUGAGAGAUCGUCCACCUCCGCUGUCAGUUCCUCUGUGUUGUACAUACAUCUGUAAAUAUCGAACAGCUAUGCAUGCUGACACUCUAGCAAUUGUUUCAGGUACUUUUAUAAUCAAAAUCGCAUAUGGCAUGUGCUAAAAAAAGAACUGAAUUAAGAAAAAGGAACAUAAUAAAACGAUUGGUCAAAUAAACAUGAUCUCAUAAACAGAUGUGAAAAUUUGUGAUUUUUAUUUUAUUUUUUUUCUUUUGGUAUAAGCGGUUAUAUCUGGCUGUCAUUCCCACAGUGUGUUUUUCCCAUGUUUCUUGUUAUCCUUCAGACAUUUCUGUACGAGGGUUGAGGCAAACACCAUGUCAACACGAGAUUGGGGAGGGAGGAUGAACAAUGUUAAUUGUCUGGAUUUUCAACCAUGGCCCUACAUUUCAAAACCAAACUUCAUAUGCUCACAGAACAUUAAUAACAAACAAUAAUGUGUAUUUUGUUCCAUCUGUAUUGUCAGUUAUGAAGUGCAUCCUGAUUUACUGACUGUAACAGCCAAACAAAUGGCAAAGCCUUUUAUUUUAGCACUUUUUUUUUUUAGUACAUACGUCAAAAUGACAUGCAUCUUGCUAUAUUCCAGUAUAUGGCCAUGCAGUGAUUGACUUCAAUGAAACCCAAGAGUAUUGCGAUCAGUUUUGCCUCAGCCCUAUGCAAUGACCUGUACAUUUAUAACAAAACCAGAGACUAUUCUAUGAAGGAGAUCAUGGAUCCAAUGGAGGAAGAGGGACUGUUUUUUAGGAAUGUUUAUUUUCAAUUCAUGACGACCAUGAUAGUUGGAGGUGUCUGAUUUUUAAUCUGUGCUAAAGAUAUUUUAAAUUUAAUAAAUAAUCAUUGUAACAAGA